AUGCCUCUGGAAGUGGUGGUAGAACUACAGAUCCGGGCGAUUUCUUGUCCAGGGGUGUUCCUUCCUGACAAGCAAGAUGUGUACCUUGGGGUGUACCUCCUAAAUCAAUACCUGGAGACCGACUGCUUUCCCUCUGUGUUCCCUGUUAUGAUUCAGCAGAGCAUGAGGUUUGAAAAGGGCAUUGCUCCCAAAAUAGAGUUUUCUACAAGGACAGCCAUCAGAGAACGAGUGUUUCUGCAAAGAAACAGAUUUUCUGAAGAAAAAUAUAAUAAGUCAAGAAGGCCUUUAUCUGCAACAGAUGGACCCAAGCUCCCCAUAAAUAAUAUGAAGACGAAGCCAAAGGAGAGUAAUCUCAACAGACUGCCCCAAAGCAUGCAGUCCCGUGCGCCCUCUCCCGUUUCCGCCCGGCGCUGCUUUCACGACCAGCCAGCUCAACUGAACCUUGGAAAUAAUGUCAGAAUCUCCGGGGGAAGCAAACCUCCAUUUGUAGUUAGACACGUGGACAGUGCAAAGCCUUUUGGUGAGAAUAUUUCAGAGUAUCAGUCCCGGAAGUCGAGAAGAAAACUUAAGUUUUCAAACUUGCCUUUUCCGGGGAGAAGAGCUUCUUCUCUUGACAGCCUUGCUGCUAACGUAAAGGUCAUCAAAGAGCCAGAUGAACGGAUUGUUUUAAGGAAAGAAUCACCAUCACCUUUAGAUUCCAGUAAGUUUGGAAAACCCUCGCCCAUUUACAGUAACCAAGGGGAUGCCGAUUUCUACGGGGAAGCUUCGUUUGCUGCCUCCCAGCAUUCCAGAUCUCCCAGCCCUCUUCUGGAUCAGCCCCUUUUCUGCGACAAAAGGUUCCACCCUUGCUCUCAGUCCUCGUGGAGGAAGAUCCACGAAAGGGCGUGCAGUCUCCUGACAUCCCACAGAGAUCAGCAACACCUACGCAAGGAAUAUUCUAUCUCUGAAGCAAAGUAUAUCUUUGAAAGACCAAGUUACCUGCUGAAGGAAUACCCAGUGCAUGAACAGAGAUAUUUUUAAGCUGCUGUCUUAUGGGAACUGAAGGAAAGCUGGAGGAGCGUCAUGGACAACUCACUCCUGGAGCCAACUGACACGUCCUUAGAGAAAUGAACAACAGUUUUUGUUAUGUGUAUGGAAUCACCAGUGUCUUACCCCUGUCAAAUCAAACCCUGUACCCAGUCUUUUGUGCCCAGGUAAGAGUCGUUGAUUAAAGUGUUUCCUGUGUGGGGCUCAUGUUUUCUUGUCAAG